AUGUUUAGUAGAAAAUUUAUUUUAAGAAAUUGGUCAUAAAUUGAAGUAAAAAUAUCAUUUGCAAAUUUAAUUAAUGGGAAAAAAAUAGAGCUAAAAUAGUGCUCAGAUGCUUAUUUCUUACUAAUAGGAUUUCUGAUUAUUAAAACAUUUUUUUUUUUUUCAAAAUUUUUGAUCCUGAGUAUUUUGAAUACUGUAAUGAUAUUUACUCAUUAGUGUUGUUGCAAUUUACAAUACUCAUAUUAAAAAUAGUAUAGAGAGAUUUUAACAUGCAAAUAAACCCUAAAAUAGAGUAUCAGAAAGAAUUUAAUUUAAUACUAUAAUCAGAAUAAUCUGUUUCCUCAUUAUUAUUAUUUUUUUUAAAUAUUAAACCUGCUCCAUUUGAAAUUUUUUACUAAGAGGACCUUUUAUUAAUAUCUAGAAUUUAAUUUAGAUUUAAGGUCUGAGAUUUUCAAAGCCUAUAUGAUGUUCUAAUUAAGACUAGAAGAAGAAAAAAUUUUGUUAAGUAUAAAACUAUUAAAUUAAAAAUUUGAUUUCGCUAAUCAAUUCAAUUAUACAUAAUUUGAAAUACUAGAGGAACUUCAUUUUGAUAUUAGUAAAACCUUUAUAGAGUUCCAAGAAAACUAAAAAUAAAAAAGGAGAGUCUAAAUUAGGAUAAAUCAGUUCCAUUAUUUGUUAUAAAAGUUGUUCUAAUUAUUAUUAAAAAAGUUCAAGAAAUAGUAAUACUAUAAAUUGUUCAUUCUUCAAAGACAAGUAAAGUGUAUAGCCAUAAAAUUGUGA